ACGGAUGCCCGUCGCCUCAGACAGGGGGAAAUUCGCCGAUGACACGUGGAUUGCGCAGGAUUCUCUUUGUACACGCAACGGAUACCAUUGGCCUUGAGUCAAAUAGCAGCGCAUGUAGCGUGCAAACUGACCUGUCGCGCUGCGUUCACGAGUAACAAUGUGGAAAAGGUUUGUGUGCGCGGUGUUAUGGACCUUCCUAAGCUGUGGGAACGGAAGUCUGCGUCGUUCUCCUGAUUUUGGCUCGUGGCAAAGCGAUGAUCUUGGAGAUGGAAACGGAGAACUUAUCAACCAUUCAAACACAGGAGAUCUGACCAGAUACGACGGCUGGAACCAUCAGAUUGCAACGGACAGUGGAAGGUCCAAAAGACAUGCGGAGAAUAGCAUGCCGAGCACGAAUGGAAGUUCCUCCUCCGGGCAUUCCAUGCCGCCCGAUCUCUUCAGACUGAGAAGGCGGUGCGGUCUCGAAUCCCAGACACGGAUUGCCGGAGGACGAGACGCCAUCUGGAGGCGCUGGGGCUGGGUCGCGGGUAUCCUUUACAGCGACACACACGAGAAGUACUGUGGUGGAGCCCUCAUCAGUAACCGAUACGUUAUUACAGCCGCACGAUGCACUGACGGGAAGGCGCUCUCCGACAUGAAAGUCUUACUGGGCGGCGACGGCCUCAACAUCACUACGUGUCGAAUUUUUAAUGUUUCGCGGCUACGACAACACCCUGGCUACAAAAGGGACACCUUUGAGAACGACAUCGCUAUAUUACGACUGAAAUGGCCGGCCAGAUUCAACGAGAAUAUUCGUCCUAUUUGCCUGCCAACCAGCAGAGACGAAACGUUCUUUGGCCAAAAGGCCUAUGUAGCUGGAUGGGGAGAUCUCGUUUACGGAGGACCUUCGAGUCCAACGUUACAGGAGGCUGAAUUAAUAAUUUGGAACAAUACGGACUGCCAAGGAGUUUUUCCUCAACCAAUCACUAACGUAUUCCUGUGUGCGGGCAACAGAACAGAGGGAGUUGAUUCCUGUCAGGGAGACUCUGGCGGACCAUUGAUAGUGAAAUCACAGAGGCAAUGGUACCUUGUUGGCGUAGUGUCCUGGGGUGUAGGGUGUGCAACGCAGGGAAUGCCUGGCGUCUACACUAGGGUCACAGAGUUUCUCGACUACAUUUAUCAGCACGCUAUUUAAUACGUGAACGUCCAUGGAGCCAUUAGCGGAUGUGUCGUGUCACACCAGAAGCAUGAUUAUCUUGCGGUGGACAGCAGAAGACUGCAGAAGACACUUGGACAUUCGGCAAACGCUCACCUUAAAGUUUUGCCGAAACCCUUUCGAAAUUAAAUUACCUUUUUUAAAUACUGAAA